UCUUCCGGCUCCCCCAGCCUCGCGGCGGAUUCGUCGCGGUCGGCCCGCGGGACCGGCCUCGCAGGCUCGAAAAAUUCAGCAGCAGCUCUGCCAGCGCGCGGGGAGCUCGUGCUCCGCGCUCUCAGUCUCUAGUCCGCGAACCGCUUGCGGAACUGGGCCUCGGCGACCGUGGCGAAUCGGCGCGGGGCGGCAGCGGCGGGGCGGGCCUUGAGCACACCCUGGAGACUCCGAGAUCGAGCGGGAUGGACCCAGCGCUCUCUGCAGUCCGGCUGACCGUGCGGGAAGCGAUUCACACCCUUUCCUCUUGCGAGGAUGGCGGCCGCGUCCUUUCCACCUUGGGGUCCCUGAGGCGGUAUCUCAGCGGAGCGGAGAACCCAGCCCUUCCCGGGGAGCAGGAGGAGUUCGCCAGGGUGCACUUUUCCGCCCUCCUCAGGUGUCUAGUGGGCAGGCUGAGCCCAGGCUGGCUGGGGCUUCUGCCCGACGGCCAGGUGGAGGAGCUGUGGGCCAGCUUCUUCCUGGAGGGCCCGGCCGACCAGGCCUUCCUGGUGCUGAUGGAGUCCAUCGAGGGUGCCGCCGGCCCGAGCUUCCGUCUGACGAAGGUGGCGCAGCUCCUGGCCAGGUUCCUGCGCGCGGGCAGGAUGGCCGCUGUGAUGGAGGGCCAGUGCCGCCAGGUGACGGAGCCGGCGUCCCCGCUGCUCCAGGAGACGCUCCUCGCCAAGGUGGUGGGCCUGCCCGACUGCCUGGGCAACCGUCUGCAGCGGGAGAACCUGGACGCGUUCCUCCCCCAGAAGUACUUCCCUCUGCUCGGCGAGGAGAUGAUGCGGGUGCUGCAGGCGGUGGUGGACUCCCUCCGAGGUGGCUGGGACUGCUCCGUCUCCUUCCUGUCGCAGGUGCUCGGGAAAGCCUGUGUCCGCGGGAGGCAGAAGGAGAUGCUGGGCGUGCUGGUGCUGCGGCUGACGGCGCUCACCCAGGGCAGCUGCCUCUGGCAGCGGGUCUGCUGGCGCCUGGUGGAGCGUGUGCCCGACCGGGCCGUGGAGGCGCUGCUGACGGGACUGGUGGAGGUCGCCGCAGGGCCUGAAGUCCUCUCACGGCUGCUGGGGAACCUGGUGAUGAAAAAUAAGAAGGCCCAGUUCGUGAUGACCCGGAAACUUCUGUUCCUACAGUACCAGUACUCGACGCCCAUGCUGCAGAGCCUGCUGGGGUACCUGGCCACGGACAGCCAACGGCGCCCGCUCCUCGUACAGGCACUGAAGGGGCUCCUGGAGACGUGGGGCAGCUGCAGUGCCGUCCGCCACGCGCCUCUGGCGCAGCAGUGCUACAUUAGCAAGGCUGUCCUCAUCUGCUUGGCGCUCCUGGGGGAGGCGGAGCUCCGGGACAGCCGAGACGAGCUGCUGACUAGCCUGAUGGCGGGGGUGAAGAGUCGCCUGGACAGCAGCCUGCCCGUUGUGCGCCGUCUGGGCAUGAUCGUGGCCGAGGUGGCCAGCGCCCGGCUCCACCCUGAGGGGCCACCCCUGAAGUUCCAGUACGAGGAAGACGAGCUGAGCCGUGAGAUGCUGGCCCUGGCAGCCCCCCGGCCUGCGGCCGACAGCCCCUUGGAGGCGAGCCCUGUCGUCACUCCAGAGGCUGCAGAGACCCCCGGCAGAGGGAGCGUGGACGGCGGCGUCCCCCAGGCCCUGCCGGAAGGCUCAGGCUCUGACCUGGACAGUGACGAUGAGCUCGUCCCCUAUGACAUGUCGGGGGACCAAGAGCUAAAGAGGAGCAAGGCGCCCACCUACGUUCGGGACUGCGUGGAAGCCCUGACCUCGUCCGAGGAUUGGGAGCGCUGGGAGGCGGCCCUGCGGGCCCUCGAGGCAUUGGUCAUCAGGAACCCGACUGCUGCACGCGAGGUGAGUGUGGAGCUGGCCAAGGUGCUGCUGCACCUGGAGGAGAAGACGAGCGUGGAGGGCUUUGAGGGGCUGCGCCAGAGAGCCCUUGUGGCCGUCGUGGUCACAGACCCGGCCCCGGUAGCAGAGUAUCUGACCUCGCAGUUCUACGCCCUCAACUUCAGCCUCCGACAGCGCAUGGACAUUCUGGAUGUCCUGACUCUGGCCGCCCAGGAGCUGUCUCGGCCUGGCCGCCCGCCCAAGGCCCCCCAGUGCGACCCCCGGGGCCCCGCCCCCCCGCCCGGCAGUGCCGUGGCUCCCGCCUGGCGCGCAGUCGUGGAGGAGCGGAUCAGAAACAAGACCCGGCGGUUCUCGCAGGGCUCUGCCAGGCGGGGACGGGACGCUGGCGCCAACCAGUUCAGCUCGGUGGCUGGCUACUUCUUCUUCCCACUCAUUCAGCACUUUGACAGACCACUGGUGACCUUCGACCUUUUGGGGGAAGACCAGCUGGUUCUCGGGAGAUUGGCCCACACCUUGGGGGCCCUGAUGUACCUGGCUGUGAACACUACGGUGGCUGUGACCAUGGGCAAGGCCCUGCUGGAGUUCGUGUGGACCCUUCGCUUCCACAGUGACACCUAUGUGCGCCGGGGCCUGCUGUCCGCGGUCUCCUCCGUCCUCCUCAGUGUUCCGGCCGAGCGACUGCUGGCAGACCUGCCAGACGAGCUGCUGGAAACCCGAUCCUGGCUGGCGGAUGUGGCUGACCGGGACGCGGACGAGGACUGCAGGAUGCUGGCUGUGAAAGCCCUGCUGCUUCUGGAGAAACUCAGAGACCGACUGCUCCCCCUCGCUUCUCCUUAGUCCUCGCUGGAGAGGGAGGCCUGCCCCGCCAGCAGCCCGCGGGAGGGCCUCUGGCCCUGCGUCCAUGGACGGGGCCACCUGAACAUGGCAGGAGGGGGGUCCCGAGGAGGGAGGGAGCCGCUGGGGCCCCUAUGGGCUGAUUCUCAGCCUGUCCCCAAGCCCAUUCCUCACCCGAACACAGAAGACUUUAAAAAGCAACAAAGUGGAAGAAUAAAAAGGAGCCAGAGGUGUUCAAACCCA